GAAGCAAAGCGAAAGAUAAAAACAGGGUAGGGAGGCCCCACUGCACCUGUAAAUUGGAUACGUGCCCACGAGGACCGCUGCUCUACUUUCCCCUACACAACAUUGAAGUUUUUCUUCCAGAUCCAUCUCCAGCGACAAAGAAGUUACGAACAUGAGUACCGUACUUUCAAAGGCCAGCGGGUUUUACUUGAUAUUCUUGACGACGAAUGUACAAAGCAGCAAUUCUGUGGCUUGUUUCCGGCACCGAAACUCCUGUGGCUGCGCAGUCACUCAGGAGCAACAUCUACGCUUCGAGAGCCGCUCCGACGCCUCGGCCGGCGGAUGAGGAUCACGAGGAUCAUGCUGGAACGAGGAGGGCGACGAGAGGAGCACGCGAAGAGGCAGUCAGUGUCGAAGAUGGAGAUGCGUUCAGCGCCCGGGAGGGCAAUGUAGAUGGACGACGCGUUUCGUGUAGCAGGCCCUGGUGCGGCUGCAGUGCCAGUAGAAGGGCACGAG